GCAAUUAGAAGCUUCUGCAAGAUUCUAGAGUGAAGAUAACAGCAGAUACUACUUAAAUCGCGGAGACAAAAAUCCAGACAAUGACGGUAAGAAGAGGCAUACUGCGGAUGUUGGAGGUGAAUGAGAAUUGUGACCUACCAGAAGACAUCACCUUAUGGGGGAAUCUAGACAUCAGCAACAGGCGGAUGACUAAACUGCCGUCAAGCAUUGACAAGUGUGUUAAUCUCAAGCUGAUUAACAUUAGUGGAAACGAACUGACAACACUUCCGCCAUCAAUAGCAAAGCUCAAACAUCUUAAAUGCUUAGAUAUCUCGCGGAAUCUUUUUAAAGAACUUCCCGUCGACGUGUGCGAUGUUCCCUGUUUGGAGGAACUGAAUGUUGGUCGAAAUCACCUCAUUGAGAUGCCCCCGGACGUCGGUAGAAUGACCAAGUUGAAAACCCUUGAUAUCUUUAUGAAUGAGUUUUGUGAAUUUCCUGAAUACGUUUGCGAUUUGACCCAACUGGAAAACCUCGAUUUGGGGCGCAACAAAAUUGCUAAUUUGCCAGAGAGGAUCAGAAAAUUAGCCUCACUCAGAACCUUAAAGAUCUAUGGCAAUGAGUUUACGGAGUUUCCUGAACAGAUUUUGGGUUUCACGCUUUUGGAAGAUCUAGAUGUAAGCGCCAACAAUAUCAAGACUGUCCCUGAAGAUAUCGGACAGCUAACCAGUUUAAAGAUUUUUGACAUUUCGUGGAACGCUCUGGAAGACUUUCCCAUCCACAUUUGUCUCCUCUCUCAAUUAAUAGAUAUAAGAUUAAAUAAAAACAAGAUUGGUUGCAUACCAAAAGACAUCCGCCGGCUUACCGAACUGAAAUCGUUGAACAUUGAUCAGAAUGUGCUCGAAGAGUUUCCUGUUGACCUAUGCCAUCUCAAGUCUUUGGAGGCUUUGUCCAUGGAGUGGAACAACAUCCCGGAAGUCCCUGAAAGAAUCGCCAAAUUACAAAAGUUGAAGACAAUCAGCCUUAACUACAACAAGAUUACCCAUUUACCAGAGCAACUUGAACAUCUCGGGUCACUUGAAGAAUUGCACGUAAUUGGCAAUCCGCUCAUUCAACCGCCCGAAUCUGUAUGCGAAAAUGGGAAAGAUGCCAUCUUCCGUUUUCUACGUGGACUCAGAGAAACCAGAGCAGUUAAGGCAAGUAGACUGCAAUUAAACUUACUCGGGGAACCGACAGGUGGUAAGAGCAGUCUGUCAAAAUCGCUUCAGAAAGGGAAACCGAUACUGACGGAGGAGGCGGACAGGACCCAUGUGAUAGAGCUAGCAGCCUGGAGCCCUGAUGAGGAAGUUAGUUUUAACAUCAAUGACUUUGGUGGCCAUGAUGUGUACAAGGUUGGUUUCCCUAUCUUCAUUCACAAAAACGGCGUUUCUCUUGUCGUAUUUGACCUCUCCGCGUAUCAGUUCACAAAAGAACACUACGAAAAACAUGUUGGCAAUUGGGUGCGAACUGUCCAAUCACGGACCCCCGAAACUGCCGUCACCAUCGUCGGCACGCACCUUGACAAAGUUGAAGAAAGCAAGGCCAAAGAGAUAUGUGACGACUUGCACGGGAGGCUGAAGGAAUACUUGGACACAAAAGGGAAGUGGAUGCUUGAUCAGAUUUUUAAUUUGGAACGCAAAGUUGGCAUGGAGCAAGUCGCAAACAGCCACCUGUGUAACCUGUAUAAACAGAAGAUAGAGCAUCUUCGCUCAUUGGAAAAGGUUGCGACCAACGUGCACAAGAAGAUAUUUCUUGUUAGCUCUGCGGAUAUGACUGGCUAUUCAGAGCUUAUUGCUCAUCUCAUGAGUUUAGCCAAGGAGAGGGGGGUCAUUUUACCUGGAAUCUGGGUAAACGUCAUGCACGAGAUGGAGCGCAUUAAGUAUGAACCAACGUGCAAUACGCUAGCCUUGAAAGAUGUUGGGAAAUAUGUCAGAAACGUUUUAAGAGAGUACCAAGAGUCUCCAGUUGACGAGUACAAAGACGCGUGUCCAGCAGGAGGAUCCGAAAUCGCAGAUGGCCCAAAAGGAGAUGUCAGUAUAUCGGAGGAGGACAUUGCAUGCGCCGUUGAGGACAUCCUUAGGUACAUGUCAAGCAGCGGAGAAGUGAUAUGGUUUGAUACCAGCACCACCCUGCGCCAAGUGAUUUUUCACAAGCCAGAACUACUGGCUGACCUUUUGAAAUCCGUAUUGAACCACGACGUGGACCAGAUAAAACAGAAUCUCCUCGCUAAGCACACUUACAGCAAAAAUACGUUUGAGAACAUUUUACAAGACGUUCUGCAGAGAGGCAUCAUUUCCAGGGACGUGAUGAGUAGACUUUGGCACUCAUUCCAACUGUCUACCGGGGAACAAAACGCAAUGAUAGAGCUGAUGCAAAACCUGGAGCUGUGCUAUAGAAUAGAAGGCGCCAGUUCUGUUGCCAAAAACAGCGACACCUUCCACUUUCCCUGGCUGUUGACCGAGACCAAACCACACGACUUGGAAAGUCCUCGAAAAUGGCCCGAAAAGUUCUCGCCUGACACCUUCCAGCUGAGUCUGGAAACAUACACCCCUUAUCGGUGUCCGGACGGGCUGUUUGAGAAGCUUUCAGUUAGACUGCACAGGCACCUGGGUAUGUUCACCAAGAGAAGAUGUGACUGGAAAGACGGCGUGUAUGCCGAAUCUGCCGCCGGUACUAUCCAUCUCCGCCGCCACCAGGUCAGUAGCGACUGGGUGAUCACAGUUGCCGUGCGGGGCAAACAGCUCCCACGCCUGUGGGAGAUGCUUUUGAAGCUGCAUCGAGACCAAAUGGACAUCUUGCAGUAUGAAUGGCCCGGAGUGUCCUAUGACAAGUACCUGCUGUGCCCGCACUGCGUCCGGGAGUCGAAUCCAUUUCCUACCACGUUUCCGGGCGAGAUAUUGGACGACCCAGAACAAGAUGUCCUUGAGGAUUUCUUGCCGUGUGAUUUUGCCCCCGAUGGGUGUAUUCCGUCAACCCUAGUGUACCCAGCAAUAUCAGGACACCAUGGCAUGACGAAAGAACACAAGAACAUGCUGCGGGGAAACAAGGUGGAUUUUGUGAUGAGCCUUACAGAGCCUGGCGUGAGAGAAAUACUGGACAGACUCAGAGGCGAAGGCAUCUUCACCGGUGCUGAAGCUGAGCUGAUCGUAGAGUGCUGCACACAGCAGGAAAGAGCAGAGACGCUACUGGACAUCAUAAGGUCCAAGGAAGAUAGGGCGUUUUUCAUCCUGCGCGAUUAUCUCAAAAACAGCGGUCAGAAGCAUCUUGCUAACUUGCUGAGUAAGUAA